AGGACUAGAUUUUUACUAAAGCUUUUCAAUAAGCCUAACGGUAUCUGUCUAAAGAUUUACCGACCUUCAACCUUUGAGCGCGGACCUUCCUUGCCGACACAUGGGUGGUACACUGUGUAAAUUCUAUAGUGCAGUGCCAGUACCGAAGAUUGAAUCUCAGUUGUGAAUUUUUUCUACACGAGGACGUCGGAACCACGCGAAGUGGUCCUUGUUUGUUUUCUAUCUCGUUUAUUUUCAUUCGUACUAUUCGUUUCCUUCCGCACCGAACCAAAAGCUGAAGCUCUGCCUAUGUCAGUUGUUCAAGGAAGUAGAAUCCAGAAGCACAUCACGUCCUCUCGGGAGGACCGUGCGAGAACCGUGCACCACUUUUUUUGAAACGCGGCCCCGCCCCUUCUUUGUUGAUAAGUCAAUCGAACACGAAUUGUUCGGUAAAAAAAGUCUAGUUACAAGACGAGCCCCUUACUUCGCCGCCCAAGCCGCGGAAUAAAACGAAAAGCAUGUUACCUUUAGCAGCAGCACUGGCAGUUUUUUCCGCAACUUGUCCAAUCUCCUCCAUGGCCGCCGAUUUGGGCAAAGCUAAUAAAGCUGGCGGCGCAACUUCUGCGGAGAAAAACAUUCCGACUCUCGGUGGUACUACAGGAGCUGCUGCUCCGGUCGCGUUUUACCAUGACCCGGAGUUGUCCAGCACAUCGGGCGCCGGUGGCGGGAGCAGUACUACUACAACGUCGGGUCAUCAAGUAGAUUCAUCGGUCUCCACGCCCUACACACCUUCUCUCGAAGCUGCGCGGUUUGCAGCGGCGUUUACAACGCCUGGAAGUGGGCAGGGAUCAAACCAGCAACAUCUUCACCACACGAUGUUCCACUCCGGUGGUUCUUCCUCCGCCUCCUCUUCGAGCAAGGAUUUACCGCAACGCAUUCUCCCUCCGCAAGACGCCACCAGCCAAGGUUUUUACCAGGGUGCCAUGGAUGCCGCUUUGGCCGGUCACCCGGUGAUCAAACCCCAGUCGUUUUCCUUUGUGGAGCACAUGAUGCGGACCGGGGGGUUCUUCAACAGCCACAUUCCGCAGUCUAGUACCCAGAUGACCAUCAACAUUCAGGUGCAUUUGGACGAGUUACCCGACCGGGACCAGCUGAAGGAAUUACUACGGGAACAGUGGGUGAAAAAGCACGCGCGGGUUCGCAGCGUAGCGCAUCCGCAAACAGGCGUAUUCACUAUGCUUCCGGAGUUCGAACCCGAGGGGGCGGUCUUGGAUUGGGACUACCACUUGAAGGGCCCGAUUCAUUUGGACCAGAACGAGAAUGAAGAGGAGAACAUGACCGUGACGGAUUUUGUCUCUCUGUUGUAUCAAGGACGAUACGACAAAACGGGAAAAACGCGGGUGCGAGGAGGUCUGAAGAUGAAAAACAACAUCUUUCGCGAUCCACGCGGCAACGCCGCGAGGAAGGACAGCGGUUUGUCUUUUUCCGAUUUAGCGUCCCAAAACGCGGAGCUGGACCCGUGGCAGCCGUUGUGGCAGGUGUGGAUGUUGCGGGGGAAGCCGGGGGCGGCGUUUUCGGCUAGGAUUGACUUGCUCGAGCCGAAGUACAAGCGUGUGAACAUUUUGAUCUUUCGCGUGCACCACGCUUUGGCCGACGGACUGCGGAUCGCGCUUGCGGGGUCGAGCGGAUUCGUGACCCAGCCGGACGGCAGCCCCGCGGAUUUCGGGAAAUUUAUCGAGGAACAGAAGCAGAAAUUUCUAGCGAAAAUGGCCGGGAAAAAAGUUGAUAAUGAUCCGGAAACAACAAGACCUGAAGUGAGCUCAUCUUCGUGUUCCGCAGGCGGUCCUGAAGGCCACCGUGCCAGAAACAAGACCUGCUCCAUGAGCAGCUUCAAGCUCCUGAACGCUUUGACGAUGGAUCUGCGCAAACUGCCCGGCCGCCUCCUCAACUUCGCUGGCAGUCUCGGCGCGCUCGCCCAGCACAUGUUUUUCCUGCCGAAGCAAACCUUGACCACCUUCUCCGGUAGAAAAACCAGCACUGACCACAUGUGCGAGGGUUUGACGAAACGAAAGUUUCUGUACUUUCCGACGUUAGAUUUGGACAUCGUGAAACUCGUGAAGAACAUUCUUUCCCGUCCGGAAGACCCGGCGAGGGUGUACUGGGAGCCGGAACAGGAGGACUUGAUCGGUAAUGGAAGCCGACAUUCCACUGCGAAGACGUCUAAUAAAGGGGCCGCAAAAGCUGGCUUGCGGCUGCGGCGACCGCUGUCGCCGAGGCAGCUAGCGGAACUGGAGAUGAACAGGACGAGUGGGGGGCGACAGGGAACAAGUGGCGCUGCUGGUUCUAGUCCUGCUACUGGCAGUGGCAACACGAACACAAUCGCUCCUGGGGAAGCAACACCCGCCGCUUCUCCCCAGCACAACGCGGGACAAGGAGCUUCUGGUGCACGACCCUCGAACCUGCAGUCCAGGACAACCGGCCUCCCCCGCAUGGUUUCGAGAACGGUCCGCGCGCUGUCCCGGAGCCCGGAGUUUCUAAAACGCUUUUUUGGAAAUUUGUUGCGGAAAACGUACAACAAAAUCGCCGCGGCCCGGAAGGCGCCGAACGUGAUCUCUGUGAAUGACGUUUUGCAGAGCUGCCUGUACGGUGCGAUCGCGCGCUACAUGCUAGAAACCCGGCAGGACCCGGCGGUCGGGGGGAAUGGGGAGGACGACGGAACCGGAAGCGGGGAUGACGGUAGUGGCAGUGACUGGACCAUGAGCAGUGGUGAAAAUCAAAAAAAAUUGGUGUUGCAGCGCAUGAAAGAGCAAGCCGCGGGAGUGAAGAAGCCAGUGAACAAUGAUGACCAAGAGGAUCACUUCACAGUGUCGCCUUCCGCGCUCCUGCUCCCCUCCUCUUCGUCGUCUUCCACCGAUAAGAAUGUGGUCGUCGGCGGAGCUGCAACUGCUGCCCUUCCAAACAUCAAACCGGGAAAAACCAGCUUUGUCCAGAAGUGCCUCGCCCGGCUGAAAUCCUGCGCAGUUAGUCGGAAAAAGACCGUAAAACUGCACUCCGCCACCUUCAUGGGGUUUCCGGACAUGAGUACUUCUGUGCCGAAAGGGCAGGGAGAGUCAACAUCUUCCUAUCAUAAUGUGCAAGAAAAGGUGUCGGCGCCGUAGUACUGACUUCUCUCGCACUUAUGCAUGACACGUUGCACGACCAGUUUUGGAGUUGAAAAAAUUUGUAAUGCAGCUAUUUAUACUAAAAAAAAAAACUAAGACCGGCUACAACGACACUGUUCCUUUUGCAAUGCAUACUUCCCAAUCCGUGUCUUCCUUCGUGGACAAGGAGAACAAAAAGCAGAACCAGCUCUACAACGACUGGGUGACCUGUCUCGGCGCGUCGAUUCCGGUGUGGAACACGAAGCAGCACCGGCUCUACACCCCGCUCGAGCGGUUAACUCUGACUAAACAGUCCGGGGACUGGUACAAGUCCCACGCGUACCCCUUCGUGCUCCGGUGGCUGUUGCGCAACGCGCUGUGGUAUCGACAGUAAAUGAUUUCCCGUACUACACGUACAAAUGCGGUCUUCGCAUGACAAAACUUGGCUUCGAUCCUAGUUUAGCAUGACAAGUUUUUCGCUCCAAAUUCGUGAAAUUUGUGAUGCAUCUUGUACACGUACGGAAAAUUUGUACUGCAUAUGUGGAUGCUGGGCCCGUUUGCCAACCGGCAGGUUUUGUCGCACUGCUUCUCGCGGCACAGCCUGCUCUUGUCCAACGUGCCGGGGUACAACGACGGCCCGAUCAAUUUGCUGGGCAAGCGCGUGCAGGCGAUUUACGUGCCGAUGCCCCAGAUUCUGAACUACGCCAUGAUCUUGACCUACAACCAAAAAGUUUUCGUCACCAUGGCCGUGAACGAGAUCACGGUGACGAAAUCGGACACGAUCCUGAAGCAUUUCCGGGCGGAAUUCACGGAAUUGGUGCACGCGGCGUGGGAGAAAACGGAGGACGAAGCGGAGCGGGAGAAGCUAGCUGCGUUUUUGCUCGCGGAGGAGAGUUCGACUUUUGCGGCGGAGGGAGAAGAUCUUCAUGAAGGGGGUGAAAGCUGUGAAGAUGAGCGGGACACUUUCUCUGCGGCGGGAUUAGCGUCGCAAAUGAUGGGAAGAGGAGUCAGUGAAGAUUACGAGAAGUUGUAGAAGAGGCGGGCGAAGAUGAGGAUGAGGAAGCGAAUAGGAGAUUCUUUGAUGAUAACUCCAGGAGCGAGUAGACUUGGAGUUGGACGACUUAGAGGCGGUGGAAGUGUCGACGAACAAAAAUGGAGAAGGAUGAAGAAAUAUAUAAAUCUGAAGAUUGAGGUUCUUGAUCCUGUCUUCACCUUCCGCCUCAACGUUCUUUUUUGACUUUUUACCAAACAAAACUGAAACUUGAUACACCAGAGAAUAGAGAAAUUUCGGGUCUUUGAAACUACAGAACACAAUUGGCAUCGUUGCAGUGAGGAACAGGAACUACAAAUGAUCCUUAUUUUACUUGUAACGCGGAACCGGAAGUAGCACCUACGCCUACCCGCCUAAGAAAAGUACAU